GUUAAUGAUUCGAAAUAGCAAAGAGAGAGCUAGAGAAAGAAAGAGAAAGAGACUCAAGAAAAAGCUUUCAUCAUAGUAUAACAUAAGAGAGCUUUGAAGAAUCUAAAAAAAGUUUUGAAAAGCUUUUGAUGCAGAAAGCUUAAAAGAACUUUUAUCCCAUAUAUAUCUCCCUCUUUCUCUUUAUUGCUCCUUCCUCUUCUUUGUAAAGCUGAACCUCCCACUAUCUACAGAUUUUAUUAUUCUUAUUUUUGUUUUUUCUUUGGGUUUUGCUGUUUCAUCAAAUCAAUCUCUACAAUCCAAACACAAUAAAGUCAAAAAGAGAGAAAGAGAAGAAGUGAUUGAUGAGAGCAGAUCAAGGAGCAGUAGUGAUGUUGGAUGCUGCUGCUUCCAACAAGAACACUACUAACACACGUUGUGUGGUUUCUUCUUCUUCUGAUCAUUUCCUCCCUCCUUCAGAAAAUGGGGUACCCACAACAAACACAUCCACUCAAAAGAGGAAAAGAAGACCUGCAGGUACACCAGAUCCAGAUGCAGAAGUUGUGUCUCUAUCACCAAAAACUCUUCUUGAAUCAGAUAGAUACAUAUGUGAGAUCUGUAACCAAGGGUUUCAAAGAGAUCAAAAUCUCCAGAUGCAUCGAAGACGUCACAAGGUUCCAUGGAAGCUUCUGAAGAGAGACAACAACAUAGAGGUGAAGAAACGAGUCUAUGUUUGCCCUGAACCCACUUGUCUUCACCAUGAUCCUUGUCAUGCUCUUGGAGAUCUUGUCGGAAUAAAAAAACAUUUCAGACGAAAACACAGUAACCAUAAGCAAUGGGUUUGUGAGAGAUGCUCUAAAGGUUAUGCUGUUCAAUCAGAUUACAAAGCUCAUCUCAAAACGUGUGGCACCAGAGGCCAUUCUUGUGACUGUGGUCGCGUCUUCUCCAGGGUGGAGAGCUUUAUUGAACAUCAAGACAACUGCUCCGUACGGACUGUUUACCAUGAACCACCGCCACAGACCGCAGUUACUGUCAUGGCCUGCUCCUCUAGAACCGCCUCAACCGCAAGCACUCCAUCUAGCGAAACGAAUUACGGUGGUGCGGUUGGUGCGGUUACGGUUGCGACUCCUCUACCUCUAGAAGGACGCCCAAUUCAUAUCAGAAACUCAUCUUUAACGCCUUUAAUUCUCACCAACUCAUCAAAUCUCAAUCUCGAACUCCAGCUUCUUCCAUUGACACCGAAUCAAAACCCUAAUAAAGAACCAUCUCCUCUUCCUCAUCAUCAUCAUCAUGAUACUACAGACUUAAAUCUCUCCAUUGCUCCAUCAUCAUCAUAUCAUCAUUACAACAACUUUGGUCUAAUAAAAGAAACUAUGGCGAGUGAACAGAUCAUGAAGAUAGCAAUGAAGGAGAAAGCUUAUGCGGAGGAAGCUAAUAGAGAAGCGAAGAGACAACGAGAGGUAGCGGAAAAUGAGUUUGUGAAUGCUAAGAGGAUAAGGCAACAAGCACAAGCUGAACUUGAGAGAGCUACGCUUUUAAAGGAACAAUCUAUGAAGAAGAUAAGCUCAACGAUGAUGCAAGUUACUUGUCAGACUUGUAAAGGACAGUUUCAAGCGGUUGCAGCUGCGACCGACGAGACAUCUCUUGUGGUGAGUUACAUGUCGUCAGCAAAUACAGACGGAGAGGGAUCAUAGAGUUUGAGAAGUUUUAAUUUUAAUAUACGGAAAUUAUAAAUUAAACGUUUUAUCUAUAUUUUAAUGUAUUAAAUUUCGUUUUUAUUACCAGAUUUUUGUGAAAUGUUUUAUCUUGUUACUUUAAAAGUUAAUAUGAAUCUUUGGUCCAAUUGUAUUAAGA